AUGUCAACCCAAGACAACCCCGCAGUGGACGACAACUCCCUCGACGACAUCUUCGGCUCCUCUCCACCAUACGAAAGCACCCUCAACGCACCACACCCAUCAGCCACAAGCCCACUCCCCCAAUCCACCGAACCCUCCGAUCUCCCCAGCCUCCGCCGCCAACACGUCACAGCAGGCUACCGCGACGGCACGUCCGCCUCCAAGGGCGCGCACGUGCAAGAAGGCUUCGACGGAGGCUUCCCCGUCGGUGCGCAACUGGGUAUGCGUGCCGGUACGGUACUCGGAAUUAUGGAAGGACUACUACGCGGGUUCGAAGAGCGGAGUGGACCGGGUGUUGUGAGGAAGCCGGCUGUGCGGACGGGACAUUCUGCCGCUUCAUCUACGGGGACGGAUAAGGAUGGCAAUACUGAAAUUGGGGAAUUGAGGCGACAGAAAAGGGAGCAGAUCCGGGUGCUGUAUGAAGCUGCGCUGAAGGAGCUGGAUGUGCAGGCUGUUUUUGCUGGGGCGGAUGGCGCUCCGGAGAUUGCGCCGAGAGCGGAGGGUGGGGAGGAGGAACGGGCGGAGACCCAACUUGGGCGGAAGGGGGAUGUUGUUGUUGCUAGGUGGGAGGGGAGGGUUGAGGUUCCGAGGUGGGAGGAGAAUAUGGAGGCUUUGGAGAUGAAGGAGAAGGAGAAGAAGGAGGAAGAAGAGGAGGCCAAGGCCAAGGGCAAGGGCGAGGGCCAGGCUGUGGAGCACAGUUGA